GUCAAAAUAAAAUAGUCGAAUGUAAAAGUUUGCAAAUUCAGUUUGCUUAAAACUAUUUCUAACCAAAUUUUUGUUUAUAUAGUAAAAUAAAUUUUUUACAGUAUUAAUAUAACAUUACUUAACAAUGAUUACUGAUACGAAAUUAAAAAAUAAAAUGGAUUAUAUACAACGAAUGUGUAAAGAUUUGUCACGCGAUCAAAAUAAACUACUUAAUAAUAUAAUUCAUAUAACAAAAAAUGCAUUACCACAUCAAUUGAUAAUUUAUGAUCCAAAUAAUAUUAUUGUAUGUAUUAUUCAACUUUAUUUUUAUUAUUAUGAUAUAUUGCUUCGAACUGAUAACAUAUGCAUAUAUAAACGAAGAAAAAAAUAUCGACAUGCCAGAGAAUGUUACAAUAAUUUAUUGAAAAUAUAUAUUCCUAAAAAGUCUAAAGAAACUCUUGAAAUUAUACUUAAUACAAUUUGUGAAAAUAAACUUUGGGAGUUUGAAACCUUUUGUUUUGAACUUAUAUGUGAUUUAUUGAAAUAUGGUCUUAGUGGAUCAUUAAUGUUUCAUGCUAUAUGGGAUAAAAUUGAAGGUCCAAAUAUGAAUAUAGAAGAUUCAAAAAGAAUCAUGAGAAUAUUAUAUGAAUUAUUAAAUGUAUAUGAAUGGCCAAAUACUCAUGAUACAAUAAUAGUUAUUGAAAGAAUUUUAAAUCUGUUUUAUAUUUCUAUAACUACUACAGAAUCAACAAUUAAUUUUAUACCAUAUGCAACACUUAAGAAAAGUUUGGAAGUUUGUAUUAUUAAUAUGGUAAAACAUAUAUAUAAUUAUCAUCUUCUCAUCAUAAUUCAUCACAUGUGUUCAUGGGUUGUUGAAACAGAAAUGACUGAUGAAUUUAUAUUACAAUUUGGUAGUACACUUGAAUAUAUAGCCUUCAUACAUAAUGUAACAUUAUAUGAGAAAACUUUAACUCCAAAGAUAUUUCCAUUAUUAAUGGAAAUGAUAGCAUCCACAAGUAAGAUAAGCAGCUUAUUAGGUAAUCGAGUUAUUCAACAUUUGCUUGAUAGAAAAGAAAAUAAAGCAAAUUUUGAUACACCUAAGAUAUUUUUUGAAGAUGCUAACUUUGACAUAAAAAUGGAGCGAUAUUAUAAAGAAGAUAAAAUAUUCUGUAAAUAUCAUAGAGAAAUUUUACAUGACAGUUUUCUAAAAGGUAUUUUAAAUCAUUGUUCAUCACGUAUGAAUUUAGAAUCAAUAUAUUGUACAAUAUGUCUGAUUGCUGUAGAAGUUCCAUGUGGAUUUACAGCAGCAGCUGUAGUUUGUCUUUUAAUGAAUUUACAAGAUAUAACUUUAAAAGAACAAAAUAAACGUCAUGUUGAAAUAUCGUAUCAUAUACAUGCAACAGUGAUAGCAAUUAUGUCUCUUUUAUGUUGGAUUCAUAAAGCUGAUGUAUUUUACGAAUAUGUGAAUAAAAUAAUGUUGGAAAGGGCACAAUGGGCUCCGCAUUUAAAUCCUCCUAUUCAAUCUCAAUAUAAUUUUGCUGCACAUCAUAUUCUUUGGAACAAACCAGAUUUAUUUUUUGUAGAUUGGGAAGCUCGCUAUGGUUUGUGGAAAUGUUUUCGUUUAAGUGAAACUGAUGAACAAGAAAUUGAUGCAGAUUAA